CACGUGGAGCAGAUGGGACACCAAAACAGUCAGAUGCCUCGAGACUUUGGAAGAGAGGGAUACCGACGAGUGGUGGAAAUGGCUCAUGCAGCUCGAAGUGUAUCCCGUGGGGCUAAAAUUUAAUUGGCAAUUUAAUUAUUAUCAAUAAUAACUUAAUUAAUUAACCAAUUUCAGCGAUGGAGUCGAGCCUGGAUGCGCACGAUGGUGGAAAUUUACUCGGACGUUAUUGCUGUAUCAUAUUACGUAUUCUUCCUGGCGAUAGGCCUUCUCGCCGUGCGGGAAAUUCUGCUUCCUCUCCUGAUCUGUUUUGAAGAACAUUUCCUCUCUCCAAUCUUGUCUUGGGCUUGGCGUCGGGACACGAUAAAUUACGACAGCAACACCACCAUCACGACGAUCUGCGCCGCUGAUGCAGACAUUCCACACACCGCGACGCAAUUAUUGAACAAGAAGAUGGAACGAAUGGAGAAAAUGAGGAAUGAAUUGGAAAUGCUUAAGAAAACACGGACAGAAAUUGAACCGGAAGUGAAUAUUAAUACAGGAACAGCGAGCAGUCAGCUAUCGUCAUCAUCAUCGUCAUCAUGUCGAAUUACAAGUCGUAGGACGAAUCGAAACCAGGUUCCAAGUCGAGGACGAUGUUUAUGGGGUCAUCUGCGUGAUGAAGUCGGGAAUCGAGAACGAUCUGGAUUUGUCCUUAGAAAUCCUUCCCAAAAUGUUCGUGAAGUGCUGCUUGUCGAAAAAAAUAAGUGAUAAUUCUUCUAACUAGUUCUAACAAACUCGUCAUUUCGCUUUGCUCAUUAAGUUAUCGGUGUCAAUUACGUAAUUACUGUACGGAAUCUAGAAUAAAAAAUGCAAUUGGUUUUCUGAGAAUUUUGGCUUACCAAACCUUAAACAAACUCA